AUGGCAGCAAGAAUUGCUGUACUAUUUCUCAGACCUCUUCAGAUGUGGUUAGGCAGUUUCUUUCUGAAGAAUGCGAGUGACUAUAAGACUUUAGGCACCCUUCUAGAAACUUGUGAGCCCAUCCUUCACGAGGAUGAGUCGCUCAUCAUUACAUCUGACGCAUCAUACGGGUUGGGGUGCAAUAUGCUUAUACGACACUUGUAUACUGGGCUUACGCUGUUUCGCAGACAAACUCUGCCAUUGCACCAUUCUGUGCAGCUGGACAACACAACAGCGGUCUGGUAUAUAAAUAAGAAAGGAGGAACCAGAAAUGCGCGCUUGAAGAAGUUAACGCGAUUAUUGUGGUUAUGGGCCUCAAAACGUGAUCUAAACUGUUGGCCUCACACAAGCCAGGUGUACAAAACAUUGAAGCAGACCUUCUUUCUAGGAGACCGAACGACUCCUCCGACUAUUCCCUUGAUGGGAAAACAACCAUGUUACUGUUUGCAAAGUGGGGCGUACCUAAGAUAG